AUAUAUACUGUAUAUAGGUCUCUGUCUCCUCUUUCUCUACAACUCUUCCAAGCUCAAUACACACACAUAUAUACUAUUCUCAGGUGUCACAGGUACAUAUAUAGUGCUCUCUCUCUCUCUCUCUGCAAUAGACUCGUUCUCUGCUAGGGUUUCUCAGAUCUUAUCUCAAAGUGGUUGGCGAGAAUUAGAAUCGCGAGAUGUCGAAAGCUGGAGCGUUUGAUCUCGCAUCUGGUCUAGGCGGAAAGAUCGAGAAAGAUGAUGUCCUCUCCGCCGUCGACAAGUACGAAAAGUAUCAUGUCUGUUAUGGUGGUGAAGAGGAACAGAGAAAGGCUAAUUACACGGACAUGGUUAACAAAUACUAUGAUCUUGUUACCAGCUUUUAUGAAUAUGGCUGGGGAGAGUCCUUCCAUUUUGCACCCAGAUGGAAAGGGGAGUCUCUUCAAGAGAGCAUUAAGCGACAUGAGCACUUCCUUGCUUUACAAUUGGGCCUGAAACCCGGACAGAAGGUGUUGGAUGUAGGAUGCGGAAUUGGUGGACCAUUAAGGGAAAUUGCUCGAUUCAGCUCGACAUCAGUUACAGGACUUAACAACAAUGAAUAUCAGAUUACAAGAGGGAAGGCGCUUAAUUGUGUUGCCGGAGUAGACAAGACUUGUGAUUUUGUGAAGGCUGAUUUCAUGAAUAUGCCAUUUCCAGAGAACAGUUUUGAUGCAGUAUAUGCAAUUGAGGCUACUUGUCAUGCUCCAGAUGCGGUUGGAUGCUACAAGCAGAUAUAUAGGGUAUUAAAGCCUGGUCAAUGUUUUGCUGCAUAUGAGUGGUGCAUGACUGAUUCUUUUGACCCCAAUAACCAAGAUCACCAAAAAAUUAAGGCUGAAAUUGAGAUUGGUGAUGGCCUCCCCGACAUUAGGUCAACAGGACAAUGUCUUGAAGCACUGAAACAAGCUGGUUUUGAAGUUAUAUGGGAUAAGGAUCUUGCAGUGGGCUCACCCAUGCCUUGGUACUUACCUUUGGAUACAAGUCACUUUUCACUCAGUAGUUUCCGCCUAACAGCUAUUGGACGUUUUAUUACCAAAAACAUGGUCAUGGCCCUAGAAUAUGUGGGACUUGCCCCUAAGGGAAGUCAAAGAGUUCAAUUGUUCUUAGAGAAAGCUGCAGAAGGGCUAGUUGAUGGUGGAAGGAAAGAGAUCUUCACGCCAAUGUACUUCUUCUUGGCUCGGAAGCCUCAUUUGGACGGCCAGUAAUGUUGCAAUAUGUAUUAACUAACCUGCUGCUGUAUUUAUUGAAUGUUUCGGGGUUCAAUCCAUGUCAGAACUGUAAACGAUGAUGAUAGGUCACUUUAAAUUGCGAGGCAGCUUGUUUGUUUUGA